CCCGGCCAUGAGGCCAUGAAGCCGGGGGAGGAGAACUGCUCCAGGCGGCGGAUGUGCUCCGGAAAACUGAGGCGAGGUGUCCCCGCUGACCUGCAGGCCGGGCCGCCUCGGCCGGACGCUGCUCCGCACCUCCCGCAGCCCGGGUCCCCGCGGAGGGUGGGGUGGGCGGGUCGGGAAACUGGGGGUGCCGGUGCCUAUUGGGUCUCCGCGAGCUUGCGCUCGCCCGCUGCCGCAGCGCAGCUCUACAUUGGUCAGCCCGGCGCCCCGCCCGGCUCCCGCGGCCCGAUUGGCCGCGGAUGCCCGACCCCCGGCGAGGGCGCUGAGGCGGAGAGCGGGAUUGGUGGUCGCGUUGUCCCCGGGUCGCGGCCGCGCGCUCCGCCCGCCGCUGCGUCCCCACUAUGGCGGCGCCCAUGCAGCCCACCGCGUCGUGGGCGCCCGCCGGGGUCCCCCGCGGCUGUUGCGGCCACCUGCGCCCUGGCCUUCGCCUUCCCGCCCGCGUCGGGCUGGGCGCCGCCUCCCCACUGCCUCCCUCUCCGCUGCGAUUCAGUGGUUCUUUCCUUUGACUCCGCUGGACAAACACUAGGCUCAGAGUAUGAUCGGUUGGGUUUCCUCCUGAAGCUGGACUCCAAGCUGCCUGCUGAGUUAGCUACCAAGUACGCAAACUUUUCAGAGGGAGCUUGCAAGCCUGGCUAUGCUUCAGCCCUGAUGACUGCCAUCUUUCCCCGGUUCUCCAAGCCAGCACCCAUGUUCCUGGACGACUCUUUCCGCAAGUGGGCUAGGAUUCGGGAAUUCGUGCCGCCUUUUGGGAUCAAAGGUCAAGACAAUCUGAUCAAAGCCAUCUUGUCCGUCACCAAAGAGUACCGCCUGACCCCUGCCUUGGACAGCCUCAGCUGCCGCCGCUGCAUCAUCGUGGGCAACGGGGGUGUCCUUGCCAACAAGUCUCUGGGGUCCCGAAUCGAUGACUAUGACAUUGUGGUCAGACUGAACUCCGCACCAGUGAAAGGCUUUGAGAAGGACGUGGGCAGCAAAACCACUCUGCGCAUCACCUACCCCGAGGGCGCCAUGCAGCGGCCUGAGCAGUACGAACGCGACUCUCUAUUUGUCCUCGCUGGCUUCAAGUGGCAGGACUUCAAGUGGUUGAAGUACAUCGUCUACAAGGAGAGAGUGAGUGCUUCUGAUGGCUUCUGGAAAUCUGUGGCCACGCGAGUGCCCAAGGAGCCCCCUGAGAUUCGCAUCCUCAACCCGUACUUCAUCCAGGAGGCUGCCUUCACCCUCAUCGGACUGCCCUUCAACAAUGGCCUCAUGGGCCGUGGGAACAUCCCGACCCUUGGCAGCGUGGCGGUGACCAUGGCACUACACGGCUGUGAUGAGGUGGCAGUCGCAGGCUUUGGCUAUGACAUGAGCACCCCCAACGCACCCCUGCACUACUACGAGACCGUGCGCAUGGCGGCCAUCAAAGAGUCCUGGACGCACAAUAUCCAGCGAGAGAAAGAGUUUCUGCGGAAGCUGGUGAAAGCACGUGUCAUCACUGACCUAACCAGCGGCAUCUGACGUGGCCCCAGCACAUGGACACGGAGGUCCUGGCACCGCCAAGAGGAAGCAGCAGCCACCACCACCUGCCCACCCCAUUGGCCUCAGUCUGGCUCUGCCUAAAAGGUGCAGGAGUCUUCAGACCCAGAGAAGGACAGUGCCAAGUGGUCCCAGGGGUGGCGAGGCCUUGGCAGGGCAGCCAGAGCUGUGUCUGCCCAGAGGCCAGCCUCAGAGACCAGCACUUAGCCUCAUUCUCAGCCUGGGUCCUUGAAGCCAGAGGGCCGGAAGGCCACCGGUCGUGCCCAGCAGGCCCAGCAUGCAGGAGGUGGACAUCAGGCAGCAAGGCUGCUGCUGGAAUCAUUUCUCCAAUCAGUGUUUGGUGUAUUAUCAUUUUGUGAAUUUGGUUGGGGGGGGAGGGGCGGGAUAAUUUAUUUUUAAAUAAGGUUGGAGAUGUCAAGUUGGGUCCACUUGCCAUGCAGAAAGAGGCCCACCAGGGGGCCCGCCGGGCAGUGGUACCAGCAGGCUCCCUGGAGAGUGGGGGGGGUGGUGCCACGACUAGCCCGUGCCCUGCUUGGGGCUUGGCAGAGGUGGGCAGGAUCUCAUGCCAGCCCCCUCCUGCUCCUGACACUGUUUGGCCCUUCUUGAGGAGAAGAUGGGGUAUUCCCAUUCACCAGCCCCUAACUACCCCACAGGGAAACCAUCAUUUAAGCCAACAAGACAGACCCUGGCUUAAGCAGAGAGAACUUGAAAGCUCAGGAGGCGAGGCCUGGCCGAGCCUGAUGGAAAUGCCCCCCGCCCCCCAGCUGAUCCGUAGGACGGUGCCCCACAGCCUGGACUGACCAACUCGGCAGCUGGACUGGAGGGAAAUGAGGCUCAAGGACCUUGUCCAGGCUGUGGCAGCCGUCCUGGAAGCAAUAAAGCUCUUCCCUGAA